AAAGGAAGCAAUUCGCAAGAUGAGCAAGAAGGGCACACAAAACUCAGGAAUUACGAGAAACGAAAAUUCAGUUUCUAACGAAUCCUCAGAAACCAUAGCUACAUCUACAAGCCCAAACCAAGACGUCCAGGAUUUGUAUGGAGGUAUAGAUAAUCAAACGAGAGCUUACGUAGACACAGUGAUCCAAUCAACAGCAGCAGCAUUAAUGCAGAACAUGCAGCAGCUAAUGGACCAACAAAUCUAG